UUUGCUCGUAUCAUACAAAAAGAUGCGAACCGUCUAGGGAUACUUUGAGCCACAAUUUUCUGAACAACUUCGAUCAAACUUCGAUAUGCCCGCGCCGAAUCCUCAGAUUGCCGGGGACGGCGAGGAGGGCGGUCAGGCGAGUCCCCCCCCCCCAUCAACAUCUUCCGAGAAUGAAGCCUUUCUGGCUAACUCCCAGCUCGUGCCCUUUACAGUCGGUCAUCAAAUCUGCCAUCAAUGGUGUCCUCAUGUUUGUGGCUAUUCAAACCGCCAUGAGUAAUUUAUCCCCCCCAAGAUCUUAUAACCCUAACUAACUUGAAUAGAGUUCAUAAUUCCUAAAACCAGUGCGCCCGCGGCAACUGCUCCGUCUUCAUUCGAGGAACGAAUCUCCCCGGAUGAUGCAUCGACAUACAUGUCUAUCCCCGAAAAGGUUUUCCCUCUUUGGCCUACAGAGGAGCCGGUAGAUAUUUCUGUUUAUGUAUCCGAGUUGCUUGCCCUACCGCCCCUUUCCUCCAAGCAAAUGGCCUCUAGCCUCGUCCUCAACGAGAGGAACUUCCAAGCCGAUGACUGGUCUGAGCACCGUAGUGUGACCGUUGAUAUCCCACUCUCCCGACACGUGCAGAACAAUGGCACCCUGUUUGCGCACAUUUAUGUUAGCCGUGCCGGAGCCGCUAUGGACCCCACUGAUCCCGAUUACGACGCCUCCAAAGCCUUUAGAAUCAUAUCGCUCUUGACCAAAUAUAUGCCAAAGAAGAAGGUUGUCAAGACCAAAAAACUGAUCGGUGGUGGUGAUGAUCACGGGAGCGAGGGAGAGGAAGUCGCUAUGCCGGAUAUCUCUGGAUCGAUUGUUUCAUACUUUCAUCCUAAUCUAACACUGGAUGUCGUCAAUAAUGCUGAUGUUAUCGGCUUUAACACGCUUCCACCGCCACUCCGCCAGCAUCUGGUGCUCGAGACAACCGGUGCUCGGGACUCAACCGGAAAGAAUGGAUGGUAUUAUCCGAUUGUAUUUGUGAACGAGUUUUGGCAGUUGAAAGACCACAUGGUUGAGCUGAAUGGCACUGUUAAGUAUGCUUUAACCCUAGCAUUUCGACACUGCCAAAUAGGGCUAACCCCUAAAACAAUAGGUCUGUCCCUAUGCACAUUAACCUUGCUCCAACUAGCUGGUGGAAAUUCCAGAUGUACUCCUCCCUUGACGCGUCCUUUAAACAAUCGGCUUCAACCCCUGGAAUUGGGGGUUCGGCAAACACAGGAGCUGAGCUGGAGGAACUCAAGCGUGUCCUUGUGGAGACCAACAUCUUCCUUCUCGGAACUACGUUUAUUGUAUCCAUCUUGCAUACCAUCUUUGAGAUGCUGGCUUUCAAGAAUGAUAUAUCCCACUGGCGUAACAAGAAGGACAACGUAGGCAUUAGUGUGAGAACCAUUCUUGCAAAUGUCUUUAUGCAAGCUGUUAUCUUCCUUUACCUCCUCGAUAAUUCGGACGGAACUUCCUGGAUGAUUCUGGCGGGCCAGGGAUUCGGUAUACUCCUCGAAGCAUGGAAAAUCACGCGCAUGGUCAAUGUCAAGAUCCGGCCUAUCAACGGUUUUAUUCCUUAUAGGGUGAUUUUCGAAGAUAAACACAAGCUAUCAAACCUGGAAAAGGAAACUAAGGAGUACGACGAGGAGGCCUUUAAGUAUCUUUACUGGGUUGCUGUCCCAUUGUUGUUGGCGUACGCCGUCUACUCUGUUCUUUACGACACGCACAAGAGCUGGUACAGCUUUAUUAUCACUACUUUGGUCGGUAGUGUUUACGCUUAUGGGUUCUUGAUGAUGGUACCGAGCUUGUAUAUCAACUACCGACUCAAGUCUGUGGCGCAUAUGCCUCGUAAAACCAUGAUUUACAAGCUGCUCAACACGUCUGUUACCUCACUCCACCGACCGCACCCCUCAUUACUAACAGCUACUCCAGUUUUAUCGACGAUCUCUUCGCUUUUACAAUCAAGAUGCCCACACUCCACAGACUCGCGACACUCAGAGAUGAUGUCAUUUAUUUCAUUGCUCUGUACCAAGCCUGGAUCUACCGAGUGGAUUAUAGACGCGUCAACGAAUUUGGACAGGGAGGAGCGGACGACGGAGGGAGUGAGGGGGAGAUUGAAACUAAGAAAUCCGAGGGCGCCGCUUCCAUCGGAGUCGAGGCGAAAACGAGCGGAGUGGAUAAAGGAAAAAAGGCCACCAAGAGAAAAUAGAUGAUGGAAUACUAUAGCUGUUAUAGACAUAUCUUAGCUUAAUCGAAGGUGGGGUUGUGUGGUGUUAUUGAGUGGCGGAAUGUAUCAUAGGAUUCAUAACUAUGUGGUGUCAUGAAGUAUCACUCGAUAUUUGUUUUUCUCUCACGCUUCCCUUUCUGGAAAGCAGACGGAAUGGAGCAGCUGUUGCCCUACAGCACACUGAUUCUGAUGGGUUGCAAAAAUCGUAUAGUUUCUCGCAUCAGAGUUGGAAGAGGUAAAGC